ACCAACCAUGGCAGUGGGAAAGAUUAUCUUCUUCGAGGACAGGAACUUCCAGGGUCGUUCCCAUGAGUGCAGCAGUGACUGUGCUGACCUGCACUCCUACUUCAACCGCUGCAACUCCAUCAAGGUGGAGAGCGGCUGCUUUGUCGUCUAUGAGCGCCCCAACUACAUGGGCCAUCAGUACUUCCUGAAGAGGGGGGACUACUCUGACAACCAGCGCAUGAUUGGCAUCAAUGACUGCAUCAGAUCCUGCAGAAUGAUUCCCACGUACCGUGGCAACUACAAGCUGCGCUUCUACGAGCGCCCAGAGAUGGGUGGUCAGAUGAUGGAGCUCAAUGACGACUGUCCCAACUUUAACGACCGCUUCCACAUGUCCGACGUGAACUCCUGCAACGUGAUGGAGGGCCACUGGCUCAUGUACGACCAGCCCAACUACCGCGGCCGCGUCUACUACCUCAGGCCCGGCGAGUACAGGAGGUUCAGCGACUGGGGAGGCCAGGGCCCCAGAGUGGGGUCUCUCAGACGCAUCACUGAUUUCUAG